CUGACACAUUUCCCGACGACAGUAUGUGCGAAUUGCUGACUCCCUCAAGUAUAAUUCAUGUUAUGCAAAUGACCGCGCAUAAGGUUGGUCCCCGGUCAAUCACGCAUACUCGGGGGAAAAUCGUGAAUUUCCGACCUCCGUUAUCAAUCGUCGUCGCGUCGUAUCCUUACUACGGCUGCGAAAUCGCUAUUGACACCGACAAUCACCGGUUAUCCAUGCUGGAACGGGUGCAACUCCUUUUCCUCCGGCACAUGCUCGUCGCUCUUCAUAGAGACUGCUAUCAUUAUAUUUCUCCCGUACGUCAAUGUAUGACAUUUGUUCUCUUUACAAAGCAGUCUACCUUCCCUCUGUGCGGGCUGAGCCCGCUGUUGUUGACUUACCGUAACCAGCUAUUCCGAUGUGGGACUCCGCUUCCAGCCCGCUUUUUUGGACAGAGCCGUGCCGAGUAUCAAUUUUCGGAAUCUAUCCAAAUUUCUGUUUCAAGUUGUGAUGCAGUGCCCGCCUUUUCAAUAUUGUACAGUACUGUACACAUUUUGAAGCAAAACACAUACCUUGCAUUCUCUGUCCUUCCUCCCCUAAUCUACCAUACCCACCUCGCCAUUUCCUUUCCUCCAUCGCUUCUAGGGUUUCUAUAUUAAUAUUAAUGCUACAUAGCUUCUCCUAGAGUCAUUGAUCUUUCCGCAGCUUUCCGCUCAAAUCUCGAAUUUCACUGACUGUCGACCAGAUCUUGCCCGAAUACCCUCAUUCUCAGACUCCAUGACCCAGAGAAUGGCGAAAAAAUUUGAGGCAAUCCAUAAUUAGAUAUGUACAGUAUAUGUAAGCUCGAAAAUUCACCAGGCUCCGAGUCCCACGGUCAAUGACGUCCCC